AGUAAUAACAUCGCGAUCCCCCUUUCCCUCGAGAAAAAACAACGCGAUCCCCUUUGCUCGUCUUCCUCUCCGCCACGGGCAGGCAGCACUGAAACCCUAACCCCGCUAAAGAAAAUCCUUCUCCAGCCAUGGCCGCCGCCCUUCCCGACUGGAUGAUGCUCGAGCGAUUCGUGUUCUGCAGGGAGUCCUUGCUGGACAGCGAGGCCGCGCCCUUCAUCAAGGCCGACGGCACCAGCUCCCACGGCGGCAGCUUCUCCGUGGCCUUCCUCGUCCUCCAGCCCCCGGGCAUCUCACGCCUUUACCUGCAGUGGCCCGGCGGCCCAAAGGGCGGCUCUCAGUGCGUUCUCGUAGCGGCACACCGCAAUCUUGUCCUGUUCAGGCUCACCCCAGAUCCUGUAAUCACCCGCAAGGCCCCCUUCGUGGAUUACCGGCAAGACCACUUCAUCUGCGGAGCCCAAUUCUCGCCGUCUCAGCGGUCGCUGCUGCUCCGAAAGAUCCCCAAGUGUGACCAACCUGCGCUGGUGGACUGGAGGGAUGGGGAGAAGGUAACCAUGCCCCGCUCGUUUGAUCUUAACCCCGUUAGCAUCUUGUGCCGAGGAGAUGAAGAAUUUGCCUUGGCGCAGUUGAACCUCCGUAGAUCCAACGAUGAGUGGGGCAAAAUUGAGGCUGAGCUGUGUGUCCUCCGCUCCAAAGUAAGCAAUCGUCUUCACGAGUGGAAGAGUGAGAAGUGGCUGCCAAUCCAGUACGAGGGACAUGAAAGAUCUGAUUUGGACAGUUGGAGAACGGACAGAGUAGUUCCAUUCAACAAGUUUUUGUGUUGGGUUAAUUACGGCGGGGGAGGCAUCUUAUUCUGUGAGGUGUUCAAACAAAAGCCAAACAUUUUUUACCUCCGACUACCUAUAAUUGCGCCUCGUUUACAUCAAUGUUCAUUGAGGUUCCAGGAGGCGAGCCGCGCUGUCGGUGUAACCAAAGGCAGCAUGGGUUGUGAUGAGCUGAGGUUUGUUGAUGUAGUCUGUAAGGAUGGUAACAUUAUUGAUCCACUAGGCUAUGGUGACAAUGAGGGUUUCACGAUCACCUACUACGCUUUGAGGAUAACACAGAGUGGUGGCAUGGAGUGGGAUAUGCUUUUCUUCAUCAGAUGCUAUGAAUUGUGGAGUAUCAACCCUCAACUCCCGCAUGAACUUCUGAAGCAUCCUGUUGUAAGUAUGGAGGACCCAAAUGUGGUAUAUUUUCUGAUGUCGGAGCGUCUGGAACAUGUUGACAAGGUUUCCGUAGUUACUCUUGAUAUGUGUACCAAAAAGCUGCUUUCAAUUCAUCCAUAUAUUAAUGGAAAGGAAGACCUCUUGGGCAAAGACGCUGACAUGGUUCGGCGAAACGCCACUUUUCUCCAAACCUUUCUUCCCUCAGAACUUCCUAAGUUCUUAAAAUCCCACCAGCUCAAGUGAACGUGUGAAGAAGAUGAAAUCAGGCGACCAAGUCCUCCAUACUAAGACUAAGGACUCAAGCAAACCAGUUAUGUGAUGUAGGAACUUAUUACUAGUAGUUUGAUCAUUGUCCGUAAUGGACUUGUAAUGGCCUGCGAUUAUGACCUCUAGUGUAUUUUGGGUACUGAUUUGUAGCAGUUGCCAAGACUUUUAUGGGCACACGAUUCUGUGGCAUCUCGACACUCCUGAGGCCUAAUAUUGAUAUGUAAGAUUUCAGUACUGUUGUACUACUAUCUAUUUAUGAUCCGAUGCUUCCUUAA